CCUAAAGGUAUAUAUUUUACUUUCCCAUGUCCUGAAGUCCUCAUACCAGUACUUUCUGCUGGCUUUUCCUUCCUACUUGGCCAAGAUCUCCAUGACAUUUAGCAGAAUGGGAAGGAUGGGGUGGUUAUGAUUGCAAGGAUGAGAUCCGCAGCUGUAUUCUGGAUGUGCUUUCCCUUAUGUUCGCUAUUCUUUGAAUAGCUCUGAUCUCGCCUUUCCAGCCUGAUGCACUCAUAUCAAAUGGCCCUGACGUGCCGCUAUGACUAUCAUAAAAGAGGGGAUGCUGAUGAAACAGACCAGCUCCUUCCAGCGCUGGAAGAGACGAUAUUUUAAGCUGCGAGGACGAACGCUCUACUAUGCAAAAACUGCUAAGUCCAUUAUUUUUGAUGAGGUGGAUCUGACAGAUGCCAGUGUGGCAGAAUCCAGCACUAAGAAUGUCAACAACAGCUUCACGAUUAUCACUCCAUGUCGGAAGCUCAUCCUUUGUGCUGAUAACAGAAAAGAGAUGGAAGAUUGGAUUGCAGCACUGAAGACUGUACAAAACCGUGAACAUUUUGAGUCUACCCAGUACAGCAUGGACCACUUCUCAGGGAUGCAUAACUGGUACGCCUGCUCGCAUGCUCGGCCAACAUACUGCAAUGUGUGUCGGGAGGCAUUGUCUGGAGUCACAUCACAUGGGCUCUCAUGUGAAGUGUGCAAGUUUAAAGCCCACAAGCGGUGUGCUGUGCGGGCAACCAAUAAUUGCAAGUGGACAACUCUGGCCUCUAUUGGGAAGGAUAUCAUUGAGGAUGAAGAUGGGAUCUCAAUGCCGCAUCAGUGGCUGGAAGGAAACCUGCCUGUGAGUGCCAAAUGCACUGUGUGUGAUAAAACUUGUGGCAGUGUCCUACGACUGCAAGACUGGCGCUGCCUUUGGUGCAAAGCCAUGGUACACACAGCAUGUAAAGAGUUGUUGCCAAACAAGUGCCCUCUUGGGCUGUGCAAAGUAUCUGUCAUUCCUCCAACUGCUCUUAACAGCAUUGAUUCAGAUGGUUUCUGGAAAGCUACUUGUCCCCCUUCUUGCACAAGCCCUUUGUUAGUAUUUGUCAACUCAAAAAGUGGAGACAACCAAGGUGUAAAAUUUCUACGAAGAUUCAAACAGCUACUGAAUCCAGCCCAAGUCUUUGACCUCAUGAAUGGUGGACCUCACCUUGGUUUGCGCUUAUUCCAGAAAUUUGACACUUUCCGGAUUCUAGUUUGCGGUGGGGACGGAAGUGUUGGCUGGGUUCUCUCCGAAAUUGAUAGCCUCAAUCUUCACAAGCAGUGCCAGCUGGGAGUGCUGCCCUUGGGAACAGGGAAUGACCUUGCUCGUGUUUUAGGCUGGGGGUCUGCCUGUGAUGAUGAUACCCAGCUCCCACAGAUCCUGGAGAAGCUGGAGAGGGCCAGUACCAAAAUGCUGGACAGGUGGAGCAUCAUGGUUUAUGAAACCAAACUCCCCCGCCAGGCCUCCACUUCUACAGUUACUGAAGAUUUCAGUGAAGAUUCUGAGGUGCAGAAGAUUCUCUUCUAUGAAGAUUCUGUGGCUGCUCAUUUGUCCAAAAUUUUGACGUCUGACCAACACUCAGUGGUCAUCUCCUCAGCCAAGGUGCUUUGUGAGACAGUGAAGGAUUUUGUGGCUCGAGUAGGGAAAGCCUAUGAGAAGGCAACAGAGAGCUCAGAGGAAUCAGAGGUCAUGGCCAGGAAGUGCUCUGUCUUGAAGGAGAAGCUCGACUCAUUGCUGAAGACAUUGAAUGAUGAAUCUCAAGCAUCUUCAUCUCUGCCAAACCCACCUCCCACCAUUGCAGAGGAAACUGAAGAUGGUGAUGGAUCAGGCAGUGCUUGUGAUUCUUCAAGCGACCGAUCAGUGGGCUCGUCAUGUACUGCACGGCCCCAGAUAUUUCGUCCCCGAGAACAGCUCAUGUUGAGAGCCAACAGCUUGAAAAAAGCCAUUCGUCAGAUAAUAGAGCAUGCAGAAAAAGCUGUAGAUGAGCAGAAUGCCCAGACCCAGGAGCAAGAAGGCUUCCUCCUUAGCCUCUCAGCCUCUGAAGAGGGCAGGGAGCUGAGGAAUGAGGAUAAGAUCUCCUUGCAGUCAUCCCACAGCAGCAGCUAUGGAGUGUCCAAAGGGAGGAGCCAGCGGAAAGCAUCCAAGUCUCCUUGUGAAAGACUAAUAAACAAAGGAAGUUUGUCACUGGGCAGCUCUGCAUCUCUUCCUCCCCAGACAGGAAACCGAGACAACUUGCCAAUGCUCAACACAAAAAUUCUCUACCCAAAUAUCCGUGCUGGUAUGUCUGGUUCUUUGCCUGGGAGCUCUGUCAUCAGCCGGUUGUUGAUCCAUGCUGAUCCCUUUAACUCUGAGCCUGAAAACCUUGAAUGUUACACAGAGAAGUGUGUCAUGAAUAAUUAUUUUGGAAUUGGUCUGGAUGCAAAGAUUUCUUUGGACUUCAACAACAAACGUGAUGAACACCCAGAGAAAUGCAGAAGUCGUACUAAAAAUAUGAUGUGGUACGGAGUACUGGGGACCAAGGAGCUGCUACACAGAACGUAUAAAAACCUGGAGCAGAAAGUCUUGCUGGAGUGCGAUGGGAGGCCAAUCCCUUUGCCCAGUCUCCAGGGAAUUGCUGUACUGAACAUUCCCAGCUAUGCAGGAGGCACCAACUUCUGGGGGGGAACCAAGGAAGAUGACACGUUUACAGCCCCCUCCUUUGAUGACAAGAUUUUGGAGGUGGUAGCAGUGUUUGGUAGCAUGCAAAUGGCAGUGUCACGGGUGAUAAACCUACAGCAUCAUCGAAUUGCACAGUGUCGGACGGUGAAGAUAGCAAUCCUUGGAGAAGAGGGAGUUCCUGUGCAAGUAGAUGGAGAAGCCUGGAUCCAGCCUCCAGGUUACAUUUGGAUUGUUCAUAAGAACAGGGCACAAACCCUCACCCGAGACAGGGCAUUUGAGAGUACCCUGAAGUCCUGGGAGGACAAACAGAAGUGUGAGUUGUCCCGACCCUCCUCUUUCUCUCUGCAACCAGAGAUCAUGUCCGAAGAAGAAUCCACCCAGAUUAACCAGUUUGGUCAAGCUGCAGGUGCUCUGAUCCACAGCAUACGGGAAAUAGCCCAAUCCUAUCAGGACAUGGAACAGGAGCUUGCCCAUGCUGUCAAUGCCAGCUCCAAGUCUAUGGACAAAGUCUACGCUAAAUCCAAGUCUUCAGAGGGUCUGAAUUGCAGCCUUGUUGUAGAGAUGGUGAAUAACGUCAAAGCCCUGCAUAAUGAGACAGAGCUGCUGCUCGCAGGCAAGAUGGCGCUGCAAUUAGAUCCUCCACAGAAGGAGCAGCUCCAGGCAGCUCUGGCGGACAUGGACCUCCAGCUGAGGAAACUGGCAGACAUCCCUUGGCUGUGGCAGCUUAUGGAGCCCUGUGAUGAAGAGAACCAGAUGCUGGAUUAUUCUAAACGCAGCCGCAGUGGCAAAUUCAGGCUGGUGACCAAGUUCAAAAAGGAGAAGAACAACAAAAAUAAGGAGGCUCAUAGUAGCAUGGGAUUGCCGGUUCACCUCUGGGGAACGGAGGAGGUUGCGGCCUGGCUUGAGCAUCUCAGUCUUUGUGAGUAUAAGGAUAUCUUCAUCCGGCAUGACGUCCGGGGCUCUGAGCUCCUGCACCUCGAACGGAGGGACCUCAAGGACCUGGGUGUGACCAAAGUAGGUCACAUGAAGAGGAUACUGCAUGGGAUCAAGGAGCUGAGCCGGAGUAUUCCUGCCAGCGAGGUUUAACCUCUGUUUUCACAGCUUGUGUCUACCAUUCCCCCUAACUGCACAGCAGUCACCUCACAGAGCAGAUGUGCUCACAACUGUCUCUACUGAACAGCCAAAUUGUAGCUGUUCAGGGCUCAUAUCAACCAAGCAUGGUGCUACCUUUUUUCCUGUGGGGUACGGCUGUAUCCAGUCAAGAGGCAAAUUAUCUGCAGCCAUGCAGAGCCUCCCAGAAAAGAAUUCACUUGCUGUUUGAAGAACCGUGUUGUCCAACAUGGGAAGUUCUGGUUCCAGUGACAGUGCAGGACUCCUGAGAAUUGCAACACAGCUACCUUUACUGGAUAACUUCAUCACAGUAGAAUUAUUCAGGGCAAAAGAUAUAUUGGCCAGUCUUAGUUCAGGAGCAUCUGACAGUCUUUUCAGACCCAAAACUUCUCCCCUCAUCUGUCGAACCUGUAUGGGUAAAGCAUUUAUGUGGGACAAAGCUUGUCCUUGCAUCUUACUAUUCCCUUUUUAAUGCGUCUGUAGUUGCAUGCGAUUUGCAUCAGAAAUUCAAAGCCAGUACAGACCUCUUGCUGAUGAAUACCCAGUGAAUCUCACUCACUUAUGCCUUGCAACAAACAAUGCAUGUGGUUCAAACAGCAGUUUGCACCACCUUGAGGAGUCUUCCGCUGGACCUGGCUCUCCUCUUCCAGCCAGUGGCAAUGGUACAACCUUUAGGUUUUCAGGCAUCACAAACAAUUGUUUGUGAACAAUUCCUGGCAGUAAGAAAAGAUAAAAUUGCAGAGAGCCAGAAGAUUACAGGAGAUCAGCUGUGACAUCCCACCAUCUGAAUUCAUCUUCAGGAGACCACAUGAAAGGGAGAGGAAUGCUAACUAACUGCUCGGGCUGUGGAGAAGUGUAGUGUAAUGGAGUGAGAUAUAGAACAAUUUCUCUUAGUGGAGGGAGCAGCAUGACUGGCAAUGUCCAGGAGCAUCUUCCUGCCCAUUUAGUGCUACCCUCAUGGCCAUAAACAGCAGAGCUGUUUCUUUACUUCAGCUUGUAGUACAGAAGACUAUUUCUGUCACAAAAAAAAAACCACCCUGAUAUGAUUUCUCUUUAGUACCUGCACCUUUUCACCUAUCUUCCUUUUAGUGGCUUUCCCACCUUGCUUCUCUGUCUUGCUGCCUUGCUUCUUCACUCCAAGAUGGAUACCAAAAGUUAAGGGUGGCACAGUCUUCCUGGGUUAUACCCCUGAGGGAGAUACUGUGUGCUAUCAAACAUCAGAGCUCCUGUAAGAGCGCUGAGAGGAGGAUUGUUAUUGAGCAGAUGAGCAUCACAAUGAAAAUGGCAGUAUGUUGGUAAGUCAGCUUUGGUACCACCAGCAGUGGAGCAUGGAAAAAUUAGUGCCUCUGAAUCAGAGUUCCUAGAUGCUCUUCAAAUUUCCACUGAACUGCCUGACCCCAGCUGAAUGACUGUUAAAGCCUGACGACCAGCAUGCAUAGUUAUAUUGCCAUGUUUAUCACUGCAAAGGGAAUUUUGGGACAUCCAGUGCUCUAUAGCUAGAGAGACAGCAGAAAUUUUUAAUUACUUCGUCAUUUUGUAUGUAUUUAUUUUUUUUAUUAUUACACAGUGGGACCUGUCUUGACUAAAGCUGCAGACAGAAAAAUAGCCACAUAUGCAGUGGCAUAAAAGGUAAUUGCUUGAGGACAUCGUUGUUCUUUGUUAUUUUUAAGGAUUUUAUCUAACUUAUAUCAGCUCUCUGGUCUAACAACAGCCAGUCAAGUGAUGUUACUUGGCAGCUUAAAAAGGUUACGGUCUGAUUUCAUGCUGGGCAAACUCCAUUGUGUUCUUAAGAUUUCACCACGGACUAUUCUGUCUCUGGUUUUUUUUUAACUAGUUGUCAUUCAUCCAUGUCUCCUCUCAGCCUAGUGGGUGUCAGGGUUUGCUCAUGAGAACUUAACAGGAAGACUAAACGUGCUUGAUCUAGCUAGCAAAAUUUCUGCUAUAAAUGCUGUGGGGACUAAUCAAGAAAUGUGUUCAGCUCUCCCCUGAAUUUAUUUCUCCUAUCUGUACAUUGGCAACUGCCUUAAUAGCCAUACUUUGUCUUUAUCAGUACAGGCCCCCUCACUCCGCUGAAUUCCUGAGGUAUCAGAUAAGUAAGAGUUCUAGAAUUACUGUAGUUGCCCACUUGCUUGUUAAGGCACAGAGUCUGCAUGAGAAUGAGGAGGAACCUACACUAAGGAGACCCGGUGACAGUAAGGUGCACCCUGUUGCCUGACCUCAGGAGCAUGCAUGGUUAGGACAUUUGUGUGCCUGCCCAGGAGAGCGCAGCAGGGAGCACAGGGCAGGUGAUAGCUCUGGAGAAGAGGUGAGAUCUCUGUGUGUUCCUCUCUGUGGUAAAGGAGCUGUUCUUACUGUCAACUUUCUCCAGGCAACCUCAUGGUUAAAGAUGCAUAAGCAGUAUGUGCUUGCCUCGCAUAAUUCCCAGGGGAUUAAAUUCUUGCCUUGGUAGAAGCAGCUCCUCUGCUCAAAGUAAUAGGGGAAUCCAAAGAGGUUUUAUAUUCAGUCAUGUUCCUUGAUUCAUGUUGUAUCUGUUGAGGCCUGAUGGCCAUUUGCCACCUGCUGUGAGUGGUGAUGCUGCCUGCAUAGGCCAAUCUUAAUUUCUUUUACUUUUUAUGAUCUGUUGUGUUUAUAGGUUCAGAUCUUAUUUGUGUACACACACAUUUUUUCAAAGGGUUCAUAGCCAGUAUAUUCCUGUCUGUUGCUUACCAGAGGUGGGGAGGGAGUUCUGCCUUCUUUUAAAAUCUAGAAAGUGGGGUUUGCAUUUAACCUGGGUGCCUUUGCAUAUUUAUUAAGAUUUAUAACAAACAAAAGGGUCAUAGCUCUGUGUCUUGGAGUAAUAAAGAUUCCUGCUGCAGUUUUUGUGGUUAGAUCAGGAGAGUUUGUCUCAAACGUCAGUGAGAGCUAUCUGCAAAGUAGGAAACUAGGCUGAACUACUGGCUACAUUAUUCCAAGUUCCUCUUGUGGCAACUGGUAAUUUCCUGUGGGAGAGAAACUCAGAAAAGAAAUAGGGCAGUAAAAAAUCUGCUGCUUUGCCAAAAAGGAGACUCUCCUGCAGUCUCGGGUAAAACACCAGUUUGAGGGGAAGCUAGAAGUGGACAUGUCACACGUAUGUUUAGUAUCUUGAAAACUGCUCCUCAUGUGAAAGCCAUGUGGCACCUUCUGUUUAUUAUCCUUCACCCUUGGCAGUGAUACUGGGGCAGUGUCUGGAGGUGAGCUGGGCAUACAGUUUCUUUUACUAGGAAAGAGGUUUUAGUACAUUAUCUCACAUUCUGGCACUGCCCUGUAUAUGUAACUUUAGUGGCAGAUUCUGGGCAAUAACAUACCCUGUGUUGUGAUGUUUCGGUUAAAUGGGAUUGCAUGCUAUGGAGACUCAAGGAAGGUCUGGCCUGUGAAGCAGCUGUCAGCAGUGUCCUGCUCUGGGCUGUCUUUGGGAGGGCUGUUGGCCCUAAUGCAGUCUCUGGUUUUGCUUGUGGGAUCUUAAUGGUGAGAGCACACAGGAGCCAGCUCUUUGCAGCGGAGGGGAGCUGUGCUGUUUGGCCCUGAGGUGCUGGCCUGGCUGGAGCCACACAAGCACCCAGGAGCUUCCAUCUCUGCUGAGGCCUUCAGUGCCAGUCCCGGGAAUGUUUCAAAUCAUGUGGACAGCUUUGUUCAUUGUUUUAGUAUUAUUUAAAACUGUGCAUACUAUCUAUGUGAUUAAAAAAAGAAAAAAGACUGUUUACACAAAACAUUUUGUAUCUUAAGAUGUGUGUACUGUAAAAAGGAAAGGAUGAAAAAUGGUGUUUUUCUACAACUGUCAGCAGUGACUGCAUGUCUAUAUCACCGUCUAUCAACCAUUGUUCCUCAGGGGUCUCCCCGCUAUUCCUGUGAUCCUGUCAAAAGCAUAGGGAAGCAAGUGAAUCCCUGUACAGUCUUGGGAAGAAGGUUUUGUGCCUUAAGAAUGGGACCUGAUUCCCUCCUAUUUAUUGUGUUAAUUUAUACAGUGAUUACCAUGGAAAUGUCUCUUGUAUUUUUUUGUACAUAGUUUACUGUUGAUUGUUGUAAAUAAGUUUUUCUUGUAUAUUAAGUAAACACAUUUCUGAGCUUCCAGUAAAGAUUCUGUUACUGAUUUCAUUGUGUGAGAGGGCUGCAAUGCCCAUCUGGUGAAAACCAGCUAAUAAAAAACUGUUCUGUGAUAAAA